AUGAAACCCAUCAUCGCCGUACCCGCCGUCCUGGCGCUCGUUCACCGCGCCUGGUCACGCAAGUCCCUCACCCCACUGGGUAUCCUCGCCGCAGCCUUGACCGCGAUCGCGCACGUCGUGCAUCCAUGGUCCGCGCCGUUUGCGCUGCUCGUGGUGUUCUAUCUAGGUGGAACGAGGGUCACAAAGGUCAAACACGGGGUCAAGGCCCGCCUUACGCUCUCCGCGACCGGCGCCGAGGGCGGCGAGGGCCAGCGGACUCAUAUCCAGGUGUUGGCGAACUCGAUCGUCGCGACGGUGCUGAUCCUGCUGCAUGCGCGUGUUCUGGCUAGCGGCCAAGAGGAGGGGUGUUUUUCGCUCGGUCGUCGGGCGGGAGAUGUACUGGUUGUGGGGAUUGUGGCGAACUACGCUGCCGUCGCUGCGGAUACGUUCUCCUCUGAGCUGGGGAUUCUCUCCAAGUCGAAGCCGCGGCUGAUCACGUCGCCUACGCUCCGGGUUGUGCCGCCCGGCACGAAUGGUGGCGUUACGGCUACGGGGUUGUUGGCUGGGGUGCUGGGGGCGUUUACGAUUGCGGUGACGUCGGCCAUACUCGUCCCUUUUUGCUCGAGGGAGGCGUCUGGGGUGGUGAGUCGCGUGCAGUGGGUCCUGGCUGUGACGGUUUGGGGCACUUUGGGAAGUGUGCUGGACAGUAUCCUGGGUGGGCUGUUGCAGGCGAGCGUGGUUGAUAAGCGCAGCGGGAAGAUUGUCGAGGGCACUGGUGGUGGAAAGGUCCUCGUCCAUCCCUCGUCGGCCCGGCCUGGCGGCACGGCGGAGGUGUCGGGCUUCUCUCACAGUCCUGACGGGAGCGUACACCUCCGCAAUACGGAGGAGGUUGCGAAUGCUGCCGCGUUGAAGGGCUCUCGGGCUACGGGGACUUCGAGGGGCAUGUCGCCGGGGCGGGCCACGGAGCCGCAUCAUGAGAGCCGGCGUGUCGAGAGUGGAUGGGAUGUGCUGGAUAAUAAUGCUGUGAAUGUUUUGAUGGCGCUUGUGAUGAGUGUGGGCGGUAUGCUUGUUGCAUGCUGGGCGUGGGAUUUCUCAAUCGGUGACAUUGGACGAUCGAUUGGAGUCAUUUGA